UGACUACCAGGAGUUGUAGGUGUAGGUGUUGGUGACUACCAGGAGUUGUAGGUGUAGGUGUUGGUGACUACCAGGAGUUGUAGGUGUAGGUGUUGGUGACUACCAGGAGUUGUAGGUGUAGGUGUAAGAUGCAGGAUGCUGACCGUGCUGCGGGCGAGGAGGAGGCUGAGGGGGCGUUGACUCCAGAACAGACGGAGAAGCUCCUCCAGUUCCAGGACCUGACUGGCAUGGAGUCAAUGGAACAGUGCCGAAGGACUCUACAGCAGCAUCAGUGGAAUAUCGAGGCGGCCGUGCAGGACCGUCUGAACGAGCAGGAGGGGGUGCCCCGGGUGUUCGACCCCCCACCCCCUCCCCCACGGCCCCCCCCAACUCCCCAAACGCACCCAGCAGACCCCCGCGUCUACAGCUACGUGGUGCGGGCCAGCACCCCCAGG